AUGCUGAUAGCCCUGAGCCGAUUCCUAGGAGUCCUCUGCUACCGCAACGGCAACCCGUGCCAGCCCUUGCAGAACGGAGACUGUGUCCCGAACGAGAAGGCCAACAAUGCAGUCAAGGACAUCGAGCUGCUGUUCAAGAACAUGCAGACGAACCUGACUACUGCGUCUCAUGCGGCAGGUGAGAAUGCAUUUACUACGCUUCACACGUCUCUGGCUGCCCUGAAUGCAGCUGCGUACAGCGAGGUCAAAGGCCUCAUCACGAAACUCGAGGCCGAAAUCAUCGCCCUGAUAAAUCUGCGCCUGACUGUCUUCCAAUCUGCCCUUGAAAAGUGUGUUGUAACUGAAUUCGAUCGUCUUGAGCAACAGGCCAAGGCCAUUCUUGCUCUAAUCAAGAGUGAAAUGGCAACUACUAUCGAAAACGUAGCAAAGGGAAAUCCUUCCCAAGUUGCUGAGAUCGUCGAGGACACCGAGUUUGGUCUCCAGGCCAAGACAUUCGAACAGCUCACCCAUCUUCUUGAACUGACAAAUGCAGCUGCUGCUGAAGCCGAGUCCACGAUUCUCUGCAAAUUGAAGUACCUGAUCAUCACUGAAAUUGAAAACACCUGCAAUGGAAUCCGUAAGCUCUUUAGGGAGUUCUACAAACAGCUCAAAACAUUCGAUGCCAAAUACGCGUGUGAUCUUCGUAGGGAUCUCGACACCGUCAGACACAAACUCGAGGUGGAUACCUCAGCCCAAUUCACCAGCAUCACCCAAAAGGACUCCUAUUUCAUCCUGUCACUUUCCAGGCGUGUUGUGGAGUAUCUCACAGGCUGCCCUCAAAGCAACCCAAUUCCACCCAACCUGCUUGGUGCUCUUAGUGCCCCUGUCUCAUGA